AUGGCACUGCCUGGCGAGAAGGCGCUUGGUGAGAAGGCGCUUGAUAAGAAGGCGCUUGGCGAGAAGACAAAUACUGAGUAUAACUGCACCACGCCCUAUGUACCGAUAGCAGGACGCUGUCUGUUUUUCGAAUCCCUGACCAAGGGAACCUGGGGGAACAUGCAGACGAUCUGUCAGCUGCUUGGAGGAGACCUUGCGAAGCUUGACAAUUCAGACGUUAUUGGAGAAGUUGCUGUUUAUAUCACAGAACAUGUUAUACCCGAAGCAUCAUACUGGAUCGGAGCGAGUGAUGAGGCCAAGGAAGGCGAGUGGUUGUGGUCGGACGGGAGUCAAGUACGGAUGGGUGUUCCCUUGUGGUAUCACUGCGGUUCUACCAUCGAGCCAAACGGCGGAGUGAAGCAGAAUUGUGCAGCGAUAUCUAGCAACCGCUUUUACUACAUCACCGAUGAAGAUUGUUCUGGAGAAUACUAUGGAAUAUGCGAAUAUUAUUGGACGUGA